AUGUUAAGCAUGGGAGAUCAGAAGCAGCCGAAGAUGGUUCCCAAGUCCACCUCUUUUAGUAUCAAGAGCCUGCUGCUCCCCGAAGCUGUCCAACAAAGUGACAAUCAGAACAGAACCGGGCUCCAGAGCAACAAAAACGGUGACCCUGAGAACGGGACUAUCAAGUCUGACUUUAAAUAUCAGGACAACCCGGAGACACAGGUCUCUGCAGAGGAGGACGAUCCCAAAAAGGAUGAUAAGAAACACGGCAAAUACGACAAGCCGCCUUUUAGUUAUAACGCCCUGAUCAUGAUGGCUAUCCGGCAGAGCCCCGAGAAGAGGCUGACUCUCAAUGGGAUCUAUGAGUUCAUCAUGAAGAAUUUCCCUUACUACAGGGAGAAUAAGCAGGGCUGGCAGAACUCGAUUAGACAUAACCUCAGCCUCAAUAAGUGUUUCGUUAAAGUGCCCCGGCACUACGACGACCCCGGGAAAGGGAAUUAUUGGAUGUUGGACCCGUCGAGCGACGACGUGUUUAUCGGCGGGACGACGGGGAAAUUGCGGCGCAGAUCGGCCACGUCAAGGGGAAAACUAGCCUUCAAACGAGGGCUCCGUCUUUCGCCGUCAGGACUGGGGUUAAUGGACCGGGGCAACCCCUUAUAUUGGCCCCUCUCUCCGUUUCUGUCCUUGCACCAUCCUCAUAACAGUCUCAACUACAGCAGCGCUGCCUCGAGUUUUUUGAACCAAGCUCCCACGUACAGCUCCUUGCUUUCCGGCUGUGGAUCUGGGGUUGAUCAGAUGGCCAGCGGGGACCUCUCUCACCCGUUGUUAAGGGGAUCCGUACAGUGCGGUUUGACCAACGGAUACACGGUAAACCCUUGUUCUGUCAGCUUGCUGUCAGGACAGGCUGGCUACUUUUUCCCGUCUCUACAUCACUCGCAGUCAGUGCAGCACCAGAACGGAACGGGGAUGGGGAACCCAGGGGCCCCUUCCAGCUCUCCUCCGGCAGCCUCAUCUCUCAUCACCGAGACCCUCCGACCGUCUCUGUCCACUUUCCCGUCCGGACUCGCCGCUGGAUUCACUAGCUACCUGUCACAGCAGAACGGAGGGGCUUCUAGCAAUUCGUUUUUGCACUGA